AUGUCUCGACCUAAAGCUUGGGCUGCUGAACUGGCACAGGCGCCUCUUAGGCAGAGAACAGACUCUUCCAAUGGUGAGACUGAGGCCCUUACGUCAAUCAAAGGUGGCCUGUUAUGGGCAGACAAUACCCGCGAUGACGGGGUUGAUUCCACGCUACGGCGCCCAGAAGAAUGGCGGUCUCGGUGGGAAGUAGGAAGGACCGGCUCCGAGAGCAACCAUAAUGACUCAGUCCUCAUUCCUUCAACUGACAAGGAGUCUCGGUUGGCCACUCAAGCGAACGAAAAGCGUACGGCAAUCCUCGAGGCACAAAACAACCACCUCAUGCGCCUGGCGAGCGCCAAAAAUGCUGUGAACGAUAGACAAGCAGGCCACAUCCACCGUCUGAGUCAGAAGCACGCCACGGAGCUACAGCACGUCAACUUUAUUAAUGAUCAGAUCUUUGAAUCCCUCCGUACAGACCUCCGAGACGAGGUGGAACGUCUUGCGAAAGAAGUCAAGUCCGUUCCUGCCGUCGCGUCAGACCUGCUCAAGGCGGAUGAUCGUGCCCUCGCCGAGCUUAACGAGCUCUCCUUGUCCAUCAGCGUCAAGCAGGAAGGUGCCCUCGACGUCGACGAGCUGCAAGGCCGGGCGGACAGGCUCACGCGGGCAUUGCACCUUUUCCGUGCCGGAGCCGUCAAGGAUCGUCUUGAUCUGCAGCUGAAGAAGAACUGA